GGUGCCCAUCCACAGCCACCGCGGUUGUGUGAGCACCUUCCCCCGCCCGGCUGCACCGAAUCCUUGCCAAACCUCCCAGGACAGAGAACAACCCGAGGAUCUAGUCUCUCUCGUGGCUGUGGGGGUUUCUGCAGGCACUCACCCAGCACAGGAGGGCACUCUGAGCCUCUCCACGUCUCCUGCCCCAGCAUCGGACGAGAGAAUCAGCUGCAGAACCCUCCCGGCACCUUCUCCAGCCCAGCCAGUGGCCAGCACUGGCCCAGAGCCUGGGACACAGCCCCCUGUUUGUGCUCUGCUCACCCGACCCACCCCAAGGCAGAAUGGUGCAGGCAGCCCCAGCAGCCGUCGCUCUCUGCCUCCGUUUCUCCACAGACCUGAUGAAAGCAGCAAUGGCUGCUCUGAUCAUCGGAGCUGUCUUCUGUGCCACCGAGCAACACACUGACCUUGGGGCACUGGUAUGUGACAUGGAGCCAGAGACCAUCACAGCCUCUGACCCCAGCAUCUUGGAGAACCUGAAGCUCUGCCCAGCACUGACGGGGACCCAGCAGGAUGCCCUCAACGCUGUGCUCCUCAAGGGGGGCACAAUGUACGGGGAUCCUUCGAGCUGGAAUUUACAGACUCUACAAAAUUUGGGGCCCCUCCUGCUGGCUUUGAACCAGACCACGCUGAGCUUGGUGGCUGAGGCAGUGCGGGAGGCUUUCGGAAGGAGCAUCGUGACCACAUAUGACAGCCAGGAGCGUUCCCAGAGGGAGAAGUCCCUGACCCUCCUCAGGGCCUUUGCAGCACUGUCAGCUUCAGCUCAUCCCAGGCUGAGGCGGAGCGCAGAGGGAAGAAUGGACGCACCCUCCCUGCCCACAGGCUGCCAGCCCAUCACCAACAGCACUGUCUCGGACCCCUUCUUAAUCAUCAAUUACAACAGUGAGCAGUUCAACUUGUGCCUGAGUGACGAGGUUUUAAAAGCAAACCUGAAGCCUUUGUUGGAACAGCCGCUUCCCAUAGAGUUCCUCCAGGUCAUGAAAGAAAAGCUGGAUCAGAUUUACCCCUUGGGGAUGCCAGAGGCGCAGCUGAAGCUGCUGGGGCAGCUGUCACGCCUGUACACAGCAGAAGAGAUCAGCCAGUGGAUGGUGACCUGCAGCGACACAUUGCUGGCCCUGCUCGACCCCUCGGAUGGCAACUGGGAGGAUGUCCAGAUCCAGCAGCUGCUCAGCAGGUACCUGGCCCUGGGGGGCAUCUUGACUGGGACCUUGCUUCAGAGAAUAGGUGGGAGGAACCUGUGUCUGCUGCAGGAAGAGCAGAUUGAGCAAAUCCCUCCAGCAGCAAUCAGGACUGCUGGAUAUUUAAACAUUUCUUCUUGCUCUCAAACCAAGAAGGACCUAUUCUACAGAAAAGGCCAGGAAGCCUUUGCUGGCCAGGCUGGCAUUACCAGGGCAUAUUACUGCCAGAUUUGGCCAUACCUGGGUGGAGCUCCAGCCAAGGACCUGAAAGAAAUGGCAAAAUCUGGCAUUGCCAUAAACAUGGACAUAGAUACCUUUCUUGCCCUGAAUCCUGAUGAGCUGCAGAAACUCGGUGUCAUGGAUGUGAAAAAUUUGCUUGGAGAAAACCUCCCCUACCUGAAGGAAGCUGAAAAUGAGACCUCGGUGAUGCAAUGGGUGAAGAGACAGUCCCAGCAGGAGCUGGACUGUAUCCUGGGAAUCAGCCUGCAAGGGGGAACAGAGGAGCCCAGCCCCAUAGGGAUGACCACCCCUCCUCACCCCACCACCUUGGCCAGUAUCACGCCCACGGCCACCACUCCCACCCCUAUUGCCAUUAGCAGCCACCCAACCACUAAUUCCAGUACGGGCCUCCCCAGGGUCUCCAGCACAAGCACUGCCAACCUGACCCCCCCGAAGAGCCCUCCCCCAGGCACCUCCACCGCUGCCACCUCCGCUGCCCGACCUGCUCCGACCAACGGCUCCCUCGCCCCCUGCUCCACUCAGCAGCCUGCUGUCUCAAGCAGGGCCACCCCCUCCACCAUCACCCUCCUCACCACCCUCCUUGCCUCUGUCAACCCCAACACCACCUCCCCCAGCUCCGUCCCACCCCCUCCUCUCACACAUGGGGCCGCCACCACCACUAGCAUUGUUACUAACUCAUCUGUGGCCUCCCACAACACCAGCACUCCACUGGUCUGCCACAAAGAUAAACACCCCUACCCAUAA